UGACAGAACAUCAUCCCCAAAAGAUCGUAAUGAGAAAAAAUGUCCGUGUCGAGUGAUAGCUUGUGCCUGGAGGAGGAUGGCUCUAUAGACCUCGGGGAGAGCAUCGAAGGACUGUGCUUCCAUCAGGCGCUCAACGUGCUGCUGGUCACUACCCGAGAUAACAGGCUCAGGGUGUAUGACCCCCACUCCUCCCUCAAGCUCUCUGAUGUCCACCUGCAUGGGGAAGGCAAGAGUAACUUGUUGUGUGUCUAUCAUGGAGAGAGCAACAGUGUGGUGGUGUGUGGAGGACGGACAGUGGGGAUGCGCCGCGACCAUCAUGGUGUCCUUCUUCUCGGUACUGUUCUUCAGGCUCCCGUGGCUGCACCGGAAGAAACUGUUAUUGUGGAGAUGUUACUCUCUGAGGGCAUCCAGUUACAGCAAACACUGGCAUUUGGGGACCUGAGCAACAUCGAUCAUGCGGCAGAAGUGCGAGAGGUGUUGGCUCAGGGCAUUGCAGCUCACCAGGCACAGUCACGCAUCAACCCCAAGUUAGCGAAGUGGAGUACCUUGCGCCUAGAGCUGCCUCUUGGGGUCCUGCGCAGCGUCUGUUUGGGUCUGGUGAGUGAGCUGAAGCGUCUGACACGUUACAUCCCAGCUCUUUCUAUUGCCUCAGCACUAAUCCAGCGCCUGGCCCACCUGUUGCCUCCUCCCACCCCAGAUACUGGCCAAGGCCCUCCUGGUACAGGACCACCAGACAGAGAGGCCAUGUGUAGUGAGGCUGCAAGACUGGCCACCUUCAUCAAGUGGCCACACAUGAAUUAUAAAUGGGCUUUACCGGAACAGAUGGCUCAGGCAGGUUUUUUCCACCAACCAAUAGCAGCAGAUGAUGACCGUGCAAUGUGUUUUAUCUGCAGUGUCUGCCUGGUGUACUGGGAGCCAACAGAUGAACCCUGGUCAGAGCACGAGCGUCAUUCUCCAAACUGCCCAUUUGUGAAGGGGGAAUAUACCAACAAUGUUCCGUUGUCUGUCACUUAUGCCACAAGCCCUGCCCUGGCACACAGUGAACGCACCGAGGAGGUGGCCUUUAUAAGUCACACUAACAGUCAUCAGUUCAUUGCUUCUGCAACAAGACAUGGAAAUAUUGUUGUCUGGAAUACAGCAAAGCAGUUGAAGAAGGAGGUAAACUUUUCAAUCGAUCCAUCUGAUUCUACAAUAUUAGAUAAGCAUUUUUCGGACACAGUUGGUUACACGGAUGUGCCUCUGCAACCCCCGGCUCCCUGUGAAGCUUGGGCUUGGGGUGAGGAUGAACAAAAUGGUUCAACAAAUAGUGAAAAUGACCCCAAUCUUCCUGGACCAUAUUCAGAGUCUGAUACUCAAGCUGGGCUUUUAGUAGACACUGAUGCUUGCAGUAUUCAGUCACCAGGACCAUCAACACCUCCAAUUCCUCCAGCCUCGCCACCUCCCCCACCUCCACCCCCGCCUCCCCCUCCACCCCCUGCAUCACAGGUUGUAGAGUUACCUCUUGAUGAUAUAGCAGUAGAUGAACUGUUUGCACCCCCUCGGCCAUCACACGACGUGAGAGUUUCCUCAUUGUGUGUUUUAGCAGAUCCAAAUGAAGUAUCCCAAAGACUAAAGGGUGCUGCUAUGAACUUGUCCUCUGCUCGCUCUUGUCUAGUGGUUGGGGUGGGACUGAGGCGUUAUGAACUCUUUAGCACAUCUAGUGGAGACCGUCAAGAAACUUGUGACGUGGGACUAGUGCAGGUGCUAAAUAAUGUUAAUCAAGCGAGCCAAAGAGAAGCAGAGAGUUUGGACAUUAUGAAAUUAGACUCGUCUAGAAGAGGAUCCACAACAGGCGAGGAAAAUGAUGCGGACUGUGUUGCUGUGGAGUCAGAGUCAGCCUCGUUAAGUGAUCCUGCAGUUGUGUCUACCUCGGCGUCUGCUGGUCAGCAGAACUUUGUACCAUAUUUGUUAGUGUAUGACCUCAAUGUAAACGUUCCACAGCCAACAACCAGUAAUAAAGUGGCAACUAAAUCAGUAAGCCAAGGACCUUAUAAAAAGUCUACUGUUAAGGUUGGAACAUUUGGCCAGACAAACAUAAUUACAAAUCCUAAAACUAAGCAGUUGUGGUCAGAUCCACCAUUACUGUUACAUAAUGACAUUGAAAUGUUUUUCUCUCCACCUAAUAUGUUUGUGAAGAACAAAGGAACUGCCCAGGUGGGAACAACCUCAGUGUCUAAGUCAAAAGCCAAAGAUAAUCAGGUUACACCUGAGCCUCAAUCAAAGAAUGGUUUAAAGAAGGAACCUAAGUGCAUCCAGUGCAUUCCUCUUCCACAUAAGUUGAAUAGUGUUAAACUACGUCUUACAGUUGACCAAAUAGUACCCACGACUUGUGGUGAGUAUGUAGUCGUGACUCUGGUCAGAGCCGACGGCUCGGGCAGCAGCAGCUGUUCUGGAAGUGCACCCAUGGAUACUAGUGAUGGUGCUGUGGGGGGAGUGAGGGAAGUGUACGGUGCAGUCAUUGUGUACCGUGUGUGUCAGGGUGGUGAGGUGGUCAUGCUGCAAGAGGAGCCUGUCAACACCAAACUUCUUGCAUCUUGGGAAUUUGUGCCCAAGAAACUGUUGCUUCUUCCCCCAGAGUUUAGUGACAGUGACUGUGGGAUAAAUGGGGUAGCAGUUUGCAUCACCAUGGAUGGAGCUGUACGGCUUAUGUCUCUGUCAACCUUAGAAUUCUUCCAUCACAUCGCAGCACCCCUAAACCACCAUUUCAACAAUAUUGUCUACUGUAAUAGCUUAGAACGACUGUGUGUUAGCUGUGAAGAUGGCAGAGUCAACCUGAUCCAGCUGCGUAAAGAGACUGAAAUGGGUAAGGAGGCAGACACAGGAGCAUCAAGCUCAGCAUCUGCUGCCUCUGUACCUUCUACCAUUGCUCCUGCACUAGCAAGGGAGCCUGAACUCAUGCCUGGAGAACUACUGGUGAACCAAGGGCUGUCAGAAGAAGUGCUUGACAAGUGUGUAGAACUCACUCGGUUCCAGACAGGAUGUCCCAAAUUUGUGGCCACUGUUCCACCUUGCUGGUCAGAAAUCAUCCAAGCUCAGAAACAACGGCGCAAUCCCCAGCAUCUACAACAACAUGCUGAGGAUAUGGAUACAACCCGCACUUGGCGAUUGGAGUCAGAUAGUUCAACCUGGGAUGAACAUCUAUUUGAGUUAUUGCUGCCAGCUGGGCCAAGUGGAGUUGGUACAGUUCAGGUUGGUCACAUUGACCUCAAACUCAACUUCAUACCUGGACCUCCCAACCCACUUCCUGUAUUACAAGUAACCCUAUUACGUCAGAAUCUUGCCACACCUCGUAGGCAGACAGUACAACCGGGUAGCAGUGCGUCAUCCAGCACAGGUGGUAGUGCUUCUCCCUCACACAAUCACACCCCCUCAACAUCUAACAUCCCAGAUGAUAUCUUGGAAGACUAUCCUGAAAAUCCAGUCCUGACAAAGGAGUUCCAGUACACUCACAAUUCUGAGAUACUGUGUGGCCCAGUGACAGUUAACCGCUGCAUUGAUUUAUCAGGCCAGGGGGCAAACAUAACCCUCACCUCUCCCAGUUUAUUGGCUUGUCGGAGUAGAACUUACCUGGUGCAUAUAAAGGCUUUACCACCAAAGUUGGCCCAGCAACAAACACAACAUCAGCAGUCACAACAGCAGCAGCAGGACCUACAGAAAAAUAGUGACCUUGACCUUGUUACUCAGUACAUGCCACCACAGUCCUCCACAUUCCUGGACCGCCUGGCAGCAUCCUCCAAUAAGCGUGUGGACUUGGUACGAGGCUGUGACAUCAUUCAAGAGCUGUCCAUCACGGUCAGAUGUUGUAUAAAGACUACUGUUACUCAUGAAAGGCAACAGAGACUAUCUUUGGUGGAGAAUGAAGCCUUCCACAAAAGUUUGUUAGAAGCUGUUAUCAGCGACACCUCAACUGACCAUAUUCGUCACAGAGCUCUUGACUUGUUGUUAUGGGUUACCUCUAUACAUACUGCUGCAGUUGAUGACCAUACUAUCAGUGUUGGGAUCAUUACCAUGCUACAGCUCCAUCUCUCAGGACUAGUACGCUCAUGUAUGCUACUUGGGGAUCGAAGCGUUGCCCACAAAACAUCUAAAAUAAUAGUUACUGCCCUUGAGGGCUCACGUGUUGUUGAGGGUGGCACAGUGUUUGGCUGGGCUGUCCUGGAGGCUUUAUUGGAGUGGUUGGAUCAUGUUCUCCACUGCCAAAGUGCUGGUGCCCUUCACUGGUUCUUUACUCUCCUGAACCAUGUUAAAUGGUGUAACCCUUGGGGCACUGCACGCAAGGUGACUCAGUUGUUAACCAUGAUAUCAGAGGCUCUCAACAAGAAGGUGGACCCACUACAUGCAGUAUUACAGACUAGGUUCAACCUCUAUGGGACACCAUUUGAAAGAGAGCUCUUUGAUACAGAUCCUCCCUUGCUUGCUAAACAGACGAUUAGUGGUAAUUCAACAGGGCAUUCUAACCCUACCCACAACACCAGCAACAAUAACAACAAUAAUAACAACAACAUCAGCUUUGGUGGCACGGGUAUAACAGGGAGCUUGCAAGGUGGUCCAGGGGGCAGCACUCACAACUCUUCGGCUGUAAACGGCAAGAGUGGCGGCCCGGGAACUAACGUUGGCUACCCAUAUAUUGUAAUGGGGCGCGACGAUAGUGACAUAGGUGCCCUCCUAGGACGGGGCUCACAAGUGGGAACUUUCUUGGGACUGACACACACUAGUGCUCUCUGUGGGCUGCUGGAGGUAGAGCCACUCCACUUUACACUCCACAUGGCAAGUGAUGGCACCAAGAUGGAAAGAGCAUCAACAGGUGCAGGCCACCCUGGUAGCCCAUUUAUGAUGCAACCGUUCACCAUCCCCGGUGGCCUAGACACAUCCACCCUGGCCCAAGUAGAAGCUUCCACUAGCAACGGCACAGCAAAAGCUGUUGAUGCUUCUGUAACAAUGUUACACAAGGCAGUUGAGGACAUGGCUGUUAAGAAUCAGGCUGUAGAGCUCCUACUUGCCAAGAAGGCAACUAAAACUUACCUUGAGAAGCUGCAGACUCUCAGUGACCAGUUAGCUUCAAUGAAACAUUGCCUUCAAAAGGCCAAACAGCGCACACAAAACUUGGCUAAGGUUGUGGCAGCAGAAAACUCAGGCUCUCAGUCAGUAGAUCCAUUGCUGCCAUUGGAAGGAGAGAUUAAAGACAUAGAUGGAAAGGAAGAAACUAGCACAAUUUCCUCCAGUAGUUCUGACACUUCACCUGAUCAUGAAGGACUAAGUGCCAUCCUCUUGGCUGAGACCGAGGAUGUUACUCACCCGUCUGUGCAGUACAUGGGUAAUGGUGAUGUUGACUUGGAUGUAUCUGGUAAGAUUGACUUUGGCCUUUCAUCAGCUGAAAAAGAAGUAAAUAGUUCAAAACAUACAAUACAGCAAAAUUCUUACACCAAGAGGAAGAGCGAUGAGGAUGUCAGCUCUUUAGAGAGUAAGGCCUCGACCCCUUCAGCAGGUCACCCCCCACCAAAGGAUAGUGCAAAUAAUGGAAAGAAAGUUCAAUCUGCUAUACAAGGAAGCCUUGGAGCACCAUGGCAGCAGCUCCUGUCUCUCCCUCCCCAGCAGAUGCUUGUUAUUGAGAGAAUGCACUCAGGAGCACGACGGUUUGUGGUGCUCGACUUCGGUGCUCCAGUUUUAUUAACAGAUGUGGUAAUACCAGCCUGUAGUGACUUGGUCUCCCUGAGCAUAGACAUCUGGAUGACUGGGGAAGACAUGGAUGGAGAGAGGCUGGUGGUGGCUUCUGAUAUUGGGAUGCGGCCAUUGAUCCUGGCUGACCUCCAACCUCCUCCCCUGUGUAGAUACCUCAAGGUGACGACUCUUGGAAGAUAUGGAAUGAAUACAUCAUCACAGUGCCGGAUCCCAGUCGGAGCCUUUUAUGGACACACACUCAUCCUUCCAUGGCAAUUGCAACCAGGCCAACCUCACCCUGCUGUCAUGAACAAAGUCUCUGCCCAGACUCAACUGACAGUGCUUGGGAGUGUGGUGGAGGACAUAGGAUGUCGGUACAGCUUGGCCUGCAGUAAACUGCGGUCCCUCCUAAACCCUCUCCUUAUGAGUCCUACUGCUCCUACGGGUCCACAUACCUCUUUUGGUUAUUCUGAGAUGUCGCCCAUUGGCUCUCGGGAUGCCAACCUCGAACGCAAAAUUACACAUGCGUAUCAUGAGUGUAUGUUAGAGCAGCAGCACCUGAACCUCGUUGUGUCUGUGAUGCGUCGUCUACAGUGCAUCGGUGGCGUUGGAGAGAAUGCCACCACACCAUAUUCACCUACAUCAGCUAGCUCUAACCACAAUAAACAACACUUACUCUCAGCAGUUAAUUCAUCAUCAGACAAACUGGCUACACUAAUGCAGUAUCUCCUAAAUUGCCUUCUUACGCUGUCGCUGCCCAUACCUGGCAUGUCGGUGCCACAUAACCUAAUGGAGUGGUGUGGGCCAGAGCAGGCCAAGGUGUUAGUGGAGCAAGUGUGUGUGCGGGGACCCAAGGGAGCACAGGUGGGUGUAGCUUCCCUGCUGGCUCGCCUGUGUGCUGGCCAACCUUGGUGGGGAGACUUCCUGGCCAACACCAUGACCACACUCUUCUCCUCCACCAACACUCUACAUUUUCCUGCCACCAGAGUAUUUGCCUUGCUAACCUUCCUUGGGCAAAAGAGCGUUGGCAGCGGCCGGGGAAGUCAGGUCAUUGAUGCCAUACUGCGUGUCUUGUCUGCCCAGCUUCAUGGCAGUGGCAACCUUGCUCCAUAUAGCUCUGUACCUCCAUCUGGGAGCAUAGACUCAAUGUGGCUGCCAUGGCACAAUAUUGGUUCACAGGUGGACACUCAUCUAGUCUCCUGGCUCCUGCUCUAUCUCUCUCUGUGUCUAGAUGCUCUCACCCCAACACGCAAGAAUGAUGCAGAGAAGAAUAAAGAAAAUGGUGGACGCUGGACAUGGCUGACAGCAGAGACAUGUCUCCAGAGAAGAGGUUCAGAAGCAAGUCGAAGUGCACCACGAGCUUCCCGAGAAAGAUUGAGAAAGCGCCUCGUGCAUCAUCAGAAGCAACAAUUAGUAAACCUAGAAACUGCUACAAAGUCUUUGGGAGAAGUUGGUUCAGGGCAAGUUCUUGCUGGUCUGAGUGGAGAGAUUUAUCAGAAGCUUGAUACUAUUCGACGAUCAAUAGUUAGACGAUAUUCUCGAACAACUUCUGCAUCAUCCAGUGGGGGCGGAGCACGGAAAGAUGACAGUGAUCCAUCUGCAGAUGCUUUCAUGCCAUUAGACCGUACCACAGCCUUGUCAGUAGCACAUGGUCUCAUCAAGCUGCUCAUGAACACCAGUUCUCCCUGUUGUGUUGACUCCUUCCUCCUGACCUGCAAGGUCAUUGGAGGGUUAGUGAGUGUGAUACGACCAAGUCCUUCUGUAACAGAGAUUGUGUCACGUUCUCAACUAGGAGCUCUGCUGCGCCAUGCUCUAACACUAGACACUACCUGGGGAGCUCCCUGGGCCCUGCACGCUCUCACCUGCCUGCUGCAGGAUAUCCUGGAAGGUGAACGUCUUUAUGGCAAUGUGGUGGUGAACACAGACCAACACAGAGAGGAAGUUGAUACUUAUGAUAUUGUUUUGGACACUGCCAGAAACAUUGCCUCCUCUAGUUCAGCGGGCCCAUCUGGCACCUCAGGGCCCUCGGCUUCUCCAGGCUCUUCGGGUGCCACUGUACUAUCAGUCUUGACGCCAGCGGGGGCAUCAGGAAAUGGAGCAGUUUCCACAGUCAAUGAAUCAGCUGGUGAGGGAGGUGGAGGAUCCCCUCAGGAGGGUGCCACAACCCUGGGGACAUGUGUGGCCACCCAGAACUGUCAAGCUGAUCAGUCAGCAACUCCACUGAGUCCUCCAGUUGUCAGCAUGGCCACGGCUCACUACAGUGCCACCAUGGAGGUGGAAGAUCUACCAGGCAAAUACUCAUACCUAGACCUAGAGGACAGCUCAGAGAGUGAAGACAUGAUAGGAGAAUACCUGGCAGACAUGCAGCCUUGUUUUGGUGGGUCAGCUAACAACACCAUCACGCCCAUUGAACUUGCUAUGUCUAACCUUCCUCCACCAUACCCACCUCCUCCACUGCCCAAUCAGUCAUCAUCUCGUGCUGGCAAAGACUCACGCAUUGGUGACCUUGUUAGUGGCCCACUGAGCAGUGCACAUCCUGGGAUGGACCAUUCCACAGCUGUUGAUGCCAGACUAGAGGCUGGAGUGUCAUUGUUGUCAGAACUGAGAUUACACAUGAUGGGGGCAGUACACACUUCCAGGCUCAGCCUAGCAGUCACAGCCCCUCUGAAGGUCAACAGUGGGAUGUGGGCAGACACAGAGGUGUGUGGUCCUGGUGACCUUACAGGCAGUGUGGAGCUUCUCACAGAUGUGUUCCAGAAAAUUCUUCUACACCUUUCUAUGGAGUUUGAUGGUAGUCAUGUUGAGUCAGUCCUAGGAUUGUGGCUCAGUAUUAACCUAGAGUUGGCUGGUGGAAAGUACACCCCAUCUAUUGCCCCCACUGUACCUCUCACUCCCCGGGCCAUUUCUGCUCUCCUGGCGGCAGUUGUCAGAAGUGGGAGUGUGAGCAUGCGGUGUUGGUGUCUUGUGCUGCAGACACUCACUUUGUGUUGUAAUCACACACCCCAGGACCCACUACCUCCCACUACUGCUGACCAAUAUGAUCACAUUGAUUUGAGUGGAAUGGCGAUGAACAUUGUAACAGAUAUGAAUUUUGUUCCAACAUUGCAAAAGCUGUUAACUGGAUCAUGUGCUACAGGAUCUGACAUGAGAAGUGAUGUCGUUGGCAGUACAGUAACUGGACUUUUAGAAGACUUGUUAGUUCGGCUGCGCGUGCGAUGUGAUGUCAUCAGUGUGACCAGCGUGCCUGGAACCACUCUGAAAUCUGCACUUCUUAGUCUAGUUUCACGCCUACUGGAACCUCAGGGAGCUAUAUCAUUAUCUAUGGGGCCACUAGAUGCCCAGUGCUGUCUGCUAGGAACUCUUUUGUCAAUGCAUUAUGAUGGAAUGGAUCGUAUGCAUGUACCAUUAGCCAUCAUUAACUCAACUGUGAUCUUGGUUCAUGGGCAUCUCAUGUCUAGUGAGGGAGUGACUUAUGGAGCUACAAACCACAAUCCACACUCACUAGGAGGACUGUUUGCCUCUGUGUUGGGUUCAGGUGGUCAAGGGGCGGCACCGUCUCGCCUCGCUCUCCUCUGCUCCCUUCUGAACCUUUCUCGCAAGCUUUCCCAAACACCACUUGUCACUCCUGCCCAGGCUCGUACAGGAGGAGCAAACUAUGAAGUUCAGGAGAAUGCAGGAGGAUCUUUAACUGACUCCAGCAAACUUGAACAACAGCGGUCUGAUGCUAGCUCUAGCCAGACAGAUGAGCACAAAGCAAUGCAUACACCCCAGACCUGUUCCCAUGCUGCUCCUAACAGUGUGGCAUGCUUGGCUGAUACAGUAUUACAAAACAAUGAAACAAUGCAACUAUUGCUGAAGUCUGUUGCGGCAUGUGAAGGAAGCAGCGUAUCCAUGUUGCUGGGGACUGUGAGCGGUGAGGUGUCUGAGAAGCUGUGCCUCGGGGAGACUCUCACUGAUGCACUCUACCAACUGCUUCUCACACUUAACACCAAGGCUACUUCAUCAGACCUCAUCCUGAGACCUGUUGUGACAUUUAUCACCCCAGGUAUUCUAUUUGCAGGUGGUUGGUGGAGUCCUCCAUCAUUGUCAGAACCUGCACUGUGUUUCUUCACUCGAGUGCUGGAUUGUCCCACCAUCCUGGAAAAGUUUGCUGCCCUUGGAGGCAUGAAGAUGCUGUGGGAGAACCUUGUGAGCAGUGUGGGGAUGAUGGGAGGUGGACGUGGAGGAUUAGUUACUGCGGUCAUGAAUCACCUGGCUCCUCCACUCCCACCUUCUACCCACAAUACACCUUCCAACAAGCGCAGUGAACCCCUAGAGCAGACAGAGGGACUAUAUAACUUUGCUCCUCUCGCUGUUGUCACUUCCAGUAAUCCUACAGCAAGACCUGCAAAUGUUCUUGUGGAUUCAAAUCAGCUUUUCCAAAGAACAAAGAGUGCUCCUUGGUCUUACCACUUCUACCCUGAUGAGAGUUGGGUGGACCUGAACCUGACAUUGCCUUGUGCUAUCCUGCUGCAUGAGGUGCACUUAUGUCCCCACACAGUCUCCCUCGUGUCCUGCCCAUCAGCUGUGUGUGUAGAGGUUGGUGUUGAGGGUGGGUACCUCAUGCCUGUGAGUGGACCACUCAGUACUGCUGGACUAUCCCGUGUUCGUCUUGUACUUCCUCGCCCUGUUGUGGCUUCCAUCGUUGUGGUCCGUCUUCAUCGUCCACGGGAUUCUUCAACUCUGGGUUUGUCUCAGUUAAAGUUGUUGGGAACGACUACAUUCAGAGAGGCUUCCAGAGGUGUGCAUGAAACUUCCAUCUCUGACUACACUCCACAUCGGGCAAGUAUGUGGUGGUUAAGACUGAUCCAUCAGUCUAUGUGUCGUGUUGAAGGAGGACUCAGUGUAGGAGUGGAAGCAGGAGCCUCGGUCUCAGGAGUCAUGGAGGCUUGUGUCACGCUGCUGUUGACCCCUCCUGGGCCCCUCCACCUGGCACCCCUCGGCUCAGCUCCCUUAGAGGCCACCACACUCGCCUUGGCAGCUCGCUCCCCCCAGCUACUGCACACCUUAAUCAUGACACUCCUCACUCACCCUCUACUCAGACAACCUGCAGGUGGAAACAGUUUAGAUGCAGCUAUUGCCUUGCUGUAUGAGUUGUGUGUGGGCAGCAGCAAUAUGGAGGGUGUUUCAGUGUUGCUGUCAUGGCUGAACCACGUUGUAAUGUACCCACCAUCUCCAACACCUAGUGGAGAUGACUACCAUCAUAACCUUGGACCUCCACAGCAGCAGUCACCACAGUCAUCAUCUGGAAGCAUUAAUAGUGGAGUCAGUGCUGAAGUUCUGCACUGCAUUGCUGCUGUGCUCUGGAACACACCUCAUGACACCACCAAUCUUAUUACCGAUGAUUUGUUCAGACGGGUUUACGAGUGGUCAGAAAGAAGUGAAGGUGAAGUGAAAGUUGGUUUAGAUCAUAUCAAGUGCUCAAUGUGUCAUAUUCGGCCACAACUCUUCACACAACUACUACUGAAUAUGUGUGUGUUAACAGUGAUUGAUAACAACCAGUCAAUCACAGAUGACAGGAAAGACAGAGAAGCUGAAAUCCGUGCUGCAAGAACAGAUGACAUGAAGGAGGGGGUGGAAGGCUCUUCAGGGGCAGUGGAAGGACGACUAAUCCUCCAGGACCCAAGCAUCAUAUCCCUUACCCCAGCACACCUUCAGACCCUUGCAACUGUAGCACAAUCUCCCCAGGCCAUACACCUCAUGCUCGACUCAGGAUUCCCCUUGUUACUUGUUCAUGGUAUUCUAGAGUGGUGCAAGACUGAAGUUUUACACCAGGUAGAAAGCUGCACAUCCCCUAGUGCUGGGGAGAGUGCCACGGAUAUGGAGAAAGCCAGUGUUGCUGAGAAGUCUAGAAGUGCAGAAGACACCCUGUCAUCAGCAACACCUCAGGCUCCUCCACAAAUUACAGCAGCCAUAGUUCCCACAUUAAGUACCUCCCUAGUGGCACACACACUGCACACACUGGCAGCACUGUGUGCUGAACCACCCAUGAGAGACUGGUUGGGCUCAACUGAAGGAUCUGUGUUUUGGUUGCCCUUGCUAACUGUUUUAGGUGAUCCUCUUGUACGUGGUAGUGAGCCUUUGAUGCGAGGUUCUGGCUCCUCUGGUGGGAGUGAUAGCGACUACAGUAGUGUGGAGGAUGCCACCAUCCACCUCAUGCGACAGUGUUGCCAUAACCACCCUCACAACCAAAACCUGUUGGCCUCCACUCUCUGUCACCUCAUACAGAGACAAAAUAUCCCACCUCCAGGUGGUGUGAGCUAUCUGCAUUCUCUGUCAGGGUUCACUCGCCGCCUGGUGUUACAACUGUUGUUGGAAACAGAGCGAGUGGUGGUGCACAUCAACAGUCCUCAAGGUGGCCUCUCAUCCCCCACUGGCUGCAGCCUUCCACCUCUCACCCAACACCCUAAGUUUGGAGCAGGACACAAGACUAGACUCCUCAACCUUCCAACAACCACAUCCAUGUCAGAUAUUAUCAAAAUGGUCACAGACUGGUCAAGAGGAAUGUUGAGCAGCAGUACAGGAGAACUAGACCUGACCAGCAACGAUCACCGAGAAGCAAAUGAAGUGGGACACUUAGAGCUGAUGGACAAGUUGUCAGUAGCUGCUGGGGUAACAGCUAAGGACAAGAGAAGCAAAAAUAAGGCCAACACAACAAUCCACAGAGUCUCCAUGUCCAAAAGAUCAGCUGGGGGAGAUCAGGAUGCUGAAAAACAGUUCAGUAAAUGUGCGACUGCCAGAACGUCAAGUGCCUCAUCAUAUGCCCUGGUGCACGAGAGUUCGGGAAAUCUAUCAGGCCUGCCUUCUACACUGACCGUGGCCCAGGUGAUGGCUUCACUCCGCCACGAGGGCCAUGCACUGGCCUCACACGUCACUCUUACUCUCACUAAUCGCAGAGACCAUAAUAGAGCAGAAAAUGAAAGUGGGCGUGAAGCUCUACUGCUGUGUACAGAACCUCUGGCAUCAACCCUACAUGUGUUCACCAGUCAGGGUGGAUUAUCGCUUCUGGCCCAGCACAUGUCACUCCUCUACCCCGACAUGGGCCAGCAGCAGCCCAGUAAUGCAUCAUCUGUGCGGGGCAGCAAUGGAGACAAAGGGGAGAUAGUGGUGGAGAAUGAUUGGGUCAGUGUGGAGAUGAAUGAUUUUGAGUCAGGUAAUAUGUUGGACUACCUGGUUAUGGGUGGAGGCAGCAGUGGUUCUCCAGGACCAGUGGGUGGAGGCACAGUUAGCCUCCUCACUCUGCCCUCUAUCCCACCACAUGCCUUAGGAGCUUUCACUCUGUUCCUGCGCCUCCCGGGAUAUGCUGAAACUCUCCUGAAAGAUACCCACAAAGCAUGUUGUCUUCUCAGAUUAGCCCUGGGAGUAACUGAUGAUGGGGAUGGAGGAGACAUUGUAGGAUCAGGUGUUGGUGGCUCUUUGGCCACAAUGCCCUUCCAAGUGUUAGAGUCCCUGCUAGAAUCCACACCCCUCACCACUGAUGAUGGAGUGUUGCUACGUAGAAUGUGUCUCGAAUCUGGUGCACUUCAUCUCAUCCUUGCAUGUCUGGCAGCAUUGUCUCACCAGGACACACCAGAGGUUGUCUCCUCCCUCUACCAUCAGAAUGUGCCUAUUGGCCUAGUAGUUGCAACAACAAGAGCCACAUGCUUGGACACUAGGGACUCUAUUGGUGUUCACCGUGGAGAGGGAGACAGAUGUCAUUAUUGGGCCAAAGGUACAGGUUUUGGCACAGGCAGCACCACCCAGAGCUGGGAUGUAGAACAGGCACUCGUGAGGCAGAAGGUGGAGGAAGAACACGUUGUAUGGCUGGUACGCUUACUGGCUAAAUACAUUAAUCCAGGUGAUGUUCUACCUCCUGAGUUACAACAACAAACAAAUGGUGGUACUUCGGGUGGCAGCUUUGACUCCCAGAAUGAAGGAGGAUCAUCUGAGUCCCAGAGCGAGAGUCCAGUUUUACUGCCUAUGUCACCGCCACCACAUGCCCCACCUGCCCUCCCCCCAGCCCUCCUGCACCUCUUCCAGAACUCAGGACUCAUCACAACCAUUGCUUCCAACCUCAGCAAUGAUUCUGUGUUAGAUAUGUCUCGUCACGUGCCUCUGUAUCGAGCUCUCCUGGCAUUGGUACGAGGCCUGUCAGUCACUCCCAGCCUGGCGCCGCUGUUAAUGACCACACACAAUUCUCCCCCAUCCAAUGGAGGAGGAGGGGACACCACCAUGCUCCCCUGCAUCCCUGCCCUCCUGGAGAAGAUGAAGAGCACCGUCAACACAUACAUGGCUAAGUUGAGAUGGAAAUCAUCCAAAGCAGGAGGUGGCAGCAAUGGCAAUGGAGGAAACAACAAUAGUUCCACAGAUGAUGCUGAACAGGAGGAGGGCUUGUCAUUAAUAGUCCCAGACAUCCAGAACACUGCUGUGGUGGUGAAAGUGUGCACAGAGCGACUGCAGCAGGAGCUGGACAAAGAGGAUCAACCUGAUGGUGGAGCCUCAGCCCAGCCAGUGUCAUCUAGAUCAUUAAUGGAGGUGUACCUCAGUAGUUUUAAACCCCUACAAUUUGAUACGUACGAAAUGGUUGUUGAAGAUGCAGAAAGAGGCAUACGAUUUGUGGUGUCGCAUCAUUAUGAAGGGUCAGUGAGAGGAGCAGGAGACCUGUGUACCCCUCGUAGGAUGAAGCGACUGGCUCAGGAAGCUGUCACCCUGUCAUCAUCACUUCCUCUUUCAUAUUCCUCCUCAGUAUUUGUCCGCACAGAUCUAGAUAGAUUAGACAUUAUGAAGGUGCUGAUCACAGGGCCAGAGGACACGCCAUAUGCCAAUGGGUGUUUUGAGUUUGAUGUUUACUUCCCAGUCGACUACCCAACCUCACCACUCCACAUCAACCUCCAAACAACUGGGGAGGGACGGGUGCGCUUUAAUCCCAACCUGUAUCAGGAUGGGAAAGUGUGCCUCAGCAUCCUCAACACUUGGCAUGGAAGACCUGAGGAGAAGUGGAAUCCCCAGACCUCCUCACUAUUACAAGUUUUAGUGUCUAUCCAAAGUCUAAUUUUUGUGAGUGAGCCUUAUUUCAACGAGCCUGGCUAUGAGAGAUCAAGAGGUACACCGACUGCGAUGCAAAACUCACGUGAAUAUGACGCAAAUAUACGCGCAGCAACAGUCAGAUGGGCCAUGCUUAACCAGCUGCGUAGUCCUUCCCCCUGCUUUAAGGAGGUGAUUGAGCGUCACUUUUGGCUGAAGCACAAAGAGAUCAUCGAACAAGUAGAAGGCUGGAUCACCAACAUGGAGGCUCUCAGUGAGAAUAGAAGAGCAGGGAAGAAUAUUGCCCAUAACACUGUAGGUCUUAAGAAAAACUUCCAGUUACUGAAAGAAGAAUUCAGGAAAAUGAGUGCCCCACCUGGAUUAGAAAGCAUCCCAAUGUCAUCCAGCAUAACAAACACAAGUACAUGUAAUAGAUCUCCAGCAGCCUCACAGUUGCGUGACUCAAAGGCACUGGAGAAGGAAAGAGAAUCCACCCAGGAUGAAAAGGAGAAGGAGUUAAGAGGGGCAACAGGGGGUCAAGCUGGGGGACCAGUCCGCACUCGGAUUAGGAAGACCUCAAGAGCCAACUUAUUUAUGAGUAAACCACAUUUGGAUACUAAUAAACACAGCAUUCAUAGUUCAGGAAUACCAGUUAGCAAAAGCAGCAAUGCUGUUAUCAAUAGCACAACAGUGAAGCCCCUACACCAGGGUUUACCCACUCAGGAGACUGCAGAAGGAGGAAUUGCGGUCUUACCCCCUGGAGAACCGCACCCAGUGACUGUGAUGCCAGAACUCGUUCAGGCGACUAAAGCCACAACUUGCCCAAGCACAGAUAGCAAAGCAGACAGUGCGACAGUAGAAAUGGAUGGAGAAGUUUGUAAUCAUGUGAAUCAUUCUAGUUCCUCAGUCAAAGAUAGUACUCCAGACUCCCCUAGUUCACACACCUCAGCUGGCAUGACCUGCUAGCACCACGCACUAAUGUGUUUUUUUCCUAUAGACCCCAAGGCCAAUCUUGCAUGAACAUUUUGGUGCACUUUUGUUAAUUUUCACCCAAAGUUGAGCUAUUUUAGUUUGCCAAGAAUGAGAAACUUGGAUAAUAAAGAUAUUUUAUGGUUUUAAACAUCUUCACCGGUGUUUCAGUGACAAGUUUUCAGUACAUUCCAGAGAUUGGUUUGGUCACUUGUCUGCUGUCGAGGUGGAGUACAGUUGUGUGAGCUGUCAUGUGGACAUUUAUAUUUAGAAAAAAUGGACGUGUUAGUGUGAAACCGAAGAGGUGACUGUGAUUUAAUUAAUAUAGUCAAAACUCAGUGAAUUUUAUUUUGUUUGAUAAGUUCAAAGACCUGUCACCGGUACAUUCAUGUACUGUGCAUUUGGGAUCUGACACAAUGGCUGACACGCACUGCAAAACAUAGGAAAUUUCUUUGUUAUUCUGUCAGAACUGGAUACACAAUUAUUUAGCAAUUGUCUGCAUGACUUGUGUUUGCUAGUCAGUGUGUGAAUUGUGUUCAGUGUGACUAAUCGUAUCUUUCAGUUUCAUACUGUAUUGUAUUCACUAACACAUAAGAAACAUAUGGAUAUGUGCUGUACAAAUUAAUUCUUAUUGCCUAUUUGUGAUGUGCAUAGCGUAUGAAGUGGAGGCGUGAAUGAGCGUACGUUGGUCGUGCACCCGCUGAUUGUUAGUCUUGUGAUGGGGUGCACUUGACAGAAAUCACAAGUGGUGAAAACAUUGCCUUCUGAGUGUGACUUGUAGAAUGUGAUGGUUUGAUUUGUUAAUAAUUUCUUGUCUAGCUCUCAGGUACUGUAUAUUCAUCAUGCCUUUAUUAAGUGGUCAUCGGUUGAACUGCGGCAUGAGUGCUAACAAGAUGAUCAUCUUUGCAUAUCGUGAUCUAUAGGGAGAAUUUGUAAAUGAUUCUUAUUCACUUGGUAUAGCUUAUAAUAGUUUUGUAAAUAUAUAUAAAUGUCAACAGUAAUUUAGCAAAGUAAAAAGUACAUUAUGUAAAUGUUUUGUUUUUGAUCAAAAGGAUUCCCUUUAAUGUCGUCAUACCAACAAAAUUACCAUUGCUAGUGGUUGAUUGUUAAAUAAUUGACAUCAGUAUGUUGUGUUUAUUAUUCCAACAGUUCCUCUAAUAAUUCUUGACUAUUUUGUGGUAGAUGAUUAUAUUUCAAGUAGUGGAACAUAAUUACCUACCAUGCAGCUCUUUUGUAACACAUUUCUAAAAUAUAACCUGUAUAUUUGACAAAGCAUUUUUAGAAAUACAUUGUCUCACAAACACACUUAGCUUAGGCUUAGUUAAGACUGAGAAUUAAAGGCUUUCUUUGAUAA